UCUGGACGCCGAGAUGGCCGAUGAGAUUGACUGGCUGGACUUGCCCGGCCGGUGGACCUACGGAGUGGACCGCGGGGGGAGAGUCUUCUUCAUCAAUGAUGAGGAGAAGUCAACCAGCUGGGUGCACCCUGGCACGGAAUCUGCCAUCCAGAGUGGACACUCCUCCAGCCCAGGAUUGCCCAAGGGCUGGGAGAUGGAUUCUACCCAGGAAGGAGCUGUGUAUUUCAUCAACCACAAUGAACGACAGAACACGUUUCUACAUCCAGUGACUGGCCAGGUCCCAGAAGAAAACAACAAAUUUAACUUGAAAACAUCGGCCUUGGACAUGUCCAGUAAAGCAGGUGGAAAACGCCCGGCUAUCACCAACAGUGACGUAUCCAACCACAACAUGGUGUCCGAGGUCCCCCCAGAGCGGCCCAGCGUCCGGGCAACCAGAACAUCCCGCAAGGCCAUCGCCUUUGGGAAGCGCUCACACUCCAUGAAGCGUAAUCUCAACGCACCUGUCACCAAGGCGGGCUGGCUCUUCAAACAGGCCAGCUCCGGGGUUAAGCAGUGGAACAAGCGCUGGUUCGUCCUGGUGGAUCGCUGCCUCUUCUACUACAAAGAUGAGAAGGAGGAGAGCAUCCUGGGCAGCAUCCCCCUCCUGAGCUUCCGGGUGGCCGCAGUGCAGCCUUCGGACAACAUCAGCCGAAAACACACCUUUAAGGUGACUACGUGCUGGGUGGAUGAGGCCGGGGCCAGUUCCACGAACUGCCUCUCCCCACAGGCCGAGCACGCCGGGGUCCGCACCUACUUCUUCAGUGCCGAGAGCCCCGAGGAGCAGGAGGCCUGGAUCCAGGCCAUGGGGGAGGCUGCCCGAGUCCAGAUUCCCCCAGCCCAGAAGUCGGUGCCCCAAGCUGUGCGUCACAGCAGCCACGAGAAGCCAGACUCCGAGAACAUCCCACCUAGUAAACACCACCACCAGCCAUCCCACAGCAGCCUCCCCAAGCCUGAGCCCGAGGCCAAGACUCGAGGGGAGGGUGACGGCCGGGGCUGCGAGAAGGCUGAGAGGAAACCCGAGAGGCCCGAGGUCAAGAGCGAGCCUCUGGUGAAAGCCAAUGGCAUCCAAGCCGGACCCGAACCAGCCUCGGAGCCCGGCAGCCCUUACCCUGAGGGCCCGAGGGCCCCAGGGGGAGGGGAUCGGCCCGCCCAGCCCAACGGCUGGCAGUAUGGCUCCCCGAGCCGACCAGGGAGCACAGCUCUCCCACCUCAGGAUUCAGAGAGCGGGGGCCACCAGCGGAGCUUCCCCCCGCGGGCCGACCCCGACAGAAUUGCCCAGCGCAAGAGCUCCAUGAACCAGCUUCAGCAGUGGGUGAACCUGCGCAGAGGGGUGCCCCCACCUGACGACCUUCGCAGUCCCUCUAGGUUCUACCCCGUGUCCCGCAGGGUCCCUGAGUAUUACAGCCCCUACUCCUCCCAGUACCCCGAUGAUUACCAGUACUACCCACCGGGGGUGCGGCCGGACAGCAUCUGCUCCAUGCCGGCCUACGAUCGGAUCAGCCCACCCUGGGCGCUGGAGGACAAGCGCCACUCGUUCCGCAACGGAGGCGGCCCUGCCUUCCAGCUGCGGGAGUGGAAGGAGCCCCCGGGCUACGGGCGGCAGGAUGGCACCGUCUGGCUCCCCAGCCCCUCCCCCUCCCGGCAGCCAGUCUAUUACGAUGAGCUGGAUGCCACCUCCAGCUCCCUGCGCCGCCUGUCCUUGCAGCCCCGCUCCCACUCUGUGCCGCGCUCGCCCAGCCAGGGCUCCUACAGCCGUGCCCGCAUUUACUCCCCUGUCCGCUCACCCAGUGCCCGCUUUGAGCGCCUGCCACCUCGCAGCGAGGACAUCUAUGCUGACCCUGCUGCCUAUGUGGUGAGGCGGUCCAUCAGCUCCCCCAAGUAUGAUUACCUGGGAGACAGGCGGCCAGUCCCUGCAGGACUGUUCCCCUACAACUACCCACCAUCCCCCACGGUCCACGAUAAGAUGGAUGAACUUUUAGACCUUCAGUUGCAAAGAAACCUAGAGUAUUUGGAUCAGCAGGUCCCUCCGUACCCAGAAGUGUUCCGGGACGGUCUCCACACCUACAAGUUAAACGAGCAAGACACGGAUAAGCUGCUGGGCAAAUUGUGUGAGCAGAACAAGGUGGUGAGGGAGCAGGACCGGCUGGUACAGCAGCUCCGAGCUGAGAAGGAGAGCCUGGAAAGUGCCUUGAUGGGGACCCACCAGGAGCUGGAGAUGUUUGGAAACCAGCCUGCCUACCCGGAGAAGCUGCUGCACAAGAAAGAGUCCCUACAGAACCAGCUCAUCAACAUCCGUGUGGAGCUGUCGCAGGCGACCACGGCCCUGACGAACAGCACCAUAGAGUAUGAGAGCCUUGAGUCAGAGGUGUCUGCCCUGCAUGAUGACCUCUGGGAGCAGCUCAAUUUGGACGUCCAGAAUGAGGUGCUCAACCGGCAAAUCCAGAAGGAGAUCUGGAGGAUCCAGGACGUGCUGGAGGGGCUGAGGAAGAAUAACCCAUCCCGGGGCACAGACACGGCCAAGCACAGAGGAGGACUUGGCCCCACGGCCACCUACAGCUCCAACAGCCCCGCCAGCCCUCUCAGCUCCACCAGCCUCACCAGCCCCCUAAGCCCCUUCUCUCUGGUGUCCGGCUCGCAGGGGUCCCCCACCAAGCCCGGGUCCAGUGAGCCCAAGGCAAGCCAUGAGCAGAGCAAGAAAGACCCCCACCAGACAUCACCCCUGGAUACCACUAGAGACAACAGCCUUGCGCCCACCAGGCAAGAGGUGGAGGCAGAGAAGCAGGCAGCUCUCAACAAAGUUGGCAUUGUGCCUCCUCGGACAAAGUCGCCUGCUGAUGAAGAGCUAACUCCAUCAAGGGUGGUGAGGAGGAGUGCCAAUGGGCUCACCAAUGGACUGUCCUCCCGGCAGGAGCGCCCCAAGAGUGCUGUGUUCCCUGGAGAGGGCAAGGUGAAGAUGAGUGUGGAGGAGCAGAUUGACCGCAUGCGGAGACAUCAGAGCAGCUCUAUGAAGGAGAAGAGGAAGAGCCUGCAGCUCCCGGCCAGUCCUGCCCCUGACCCUGCUCCCCGGCCCGCCUACAAAGUGGUGCGCCGUCACCGUAGCAUCCACGAGGUGGACAUCUCCAACCUGGAGGCAGCCCUGCGGGCAGAGGAGCCUGGUGGGCAGGCCUACGAGACGCCGAGGGAAGAAAUUGCCCGGCUUCGCAAAAUGGAACUGGAGCCCCAGCACUAUGAUGUGGACAUCAGUAAGGAGCUCUCCACGCCAGACAAAGUCCUCAUCCCCGAACGGUACAUUGACCUGGAGCCUGAUACUCCCCUGAGCCCCGAGGAAUUGAAGGAGAAGCAGAAGAAGGUGGAAAGGAUCAAGACACUCAUUGCCAAGUCCAGUAUGCAGAACGUGGUGCCCAUCGGCGAGGGGGACCUUGUGGACGUGCCCCAGGACUCAGAGAGCCAGCUGCAGGAGCAGGAGAAGCGGAUUGAAAUCUCCUGUGCCCUGGCGACCGAGGCCUCCCGCAGGGGCCGCAUGCUGUCUGUGCAAUGUGCCACCCCAAGCCCUCCCACCUCCCCUGCUUCCCCGACUCCACCAGCCAACCCCCUAUCGUCUGAAUCCCCACGGGGCGCCGACAGCAGCCAUACCAUGCGGGUCUGAGCUCUGACUGCAAGCUCUGGCCGAGGCCAACGCCGGGAAGCUGCACAGAGCCACAUUCUGAAGGCCUCAGCCCCCUGAGGCCCCGGCUCCCCAGCCUGGCCCCCUGCCCCUGCGCGCCCGUGGGAGGGCUACAGGGAGCCAGGCUGGGGGCCGGGGUUGCUGCCCACACGUUACCUCAGUGUCCACACGGCCAGCACGCCCGGCCCCGAAGCCCUCGCGCCUCAGAUGGCGGCCCCAGGCCGGGGCCCAAGAUGGCGGGCAGACAGCAGCCUCCAGCGCCCGCGGCCCAGGGGGCUAGGCCCGGCCCUGGCUGGUGGUGUGACGGUCCUACUGGAACAUUUCCUGCUGAAGAGGAUGCCCUGGUGGGGAAGAUGCUCUGGGCUCUCUCAGGUUAGGACUAGGCUGAGGAGAAGACGGAUGGACGCUCUGCCUCUUCCAGCCCCUCCUGACACCAAGGGCGGCACCUGCCAUCGGGUCCUUCCCCCAUCGACACCCCUCCACCCCGCUGCCCCAGCUGCACCCAGGGCUUUGACACGUCUCUGCUUAGGGGUGCUCCUUUGGGGUCCAGUGGAGACUGACCACCCUGCUUGAGCCAAAGACAAGAUGACAAGAGCUGGGGAGAGGCUCCUCGGCUCCCGGGGGGCACAGUGCUGGCUGUGGGUAGAGAGAGGCACGCAGGUCUGUGCAGGGUCUGAGGGCAGGUUGAGAAGGGGGAGAGGAGAGAAAGGGAGAGCUGGAGGCCAGUGGGAGGACAGGGAAAGGCAGGACUCAUUUGCAAGUAAAAGGGUGAGGCGGAGGUGGAAAGGGGGUGUGGGAUGGAUGGGUUUCCCUAGGACGGAGCCUUAGGUUAGUGCCAAGUACAGUGCCAGACUGUGGGCCCUGCUCCUGCACCUCGUCCCUCGGGUCCACGGGCCUGCCCACACGCUGGCUCCAGG